AUUGUAUGCACUUUAUGCAAACGUGACUGUUACAUUGCUUUUGUUAACUGCAGUUGUAACUCUCAUCCUGUUUGCCUGCGACAUGAUAUUAAGUCACUUGACUUACCAUGUGGGAACUAUCAUGGCCUUUUCUUGAGGGAUGAUGUCAGAGAGAUGGAAGCUACUGCCAAGAAGUUUGAGGAAGACAACCCCAUAUCAGAAGCGGUUGAUCGACAAGCUGAAAAUGGUGAUGACAUGUAUUCCUAUCCACUAUCAAAUAAGUUCCAGAAUGUAGAGGAUGGAUACUUUCCAUACUGUGAGAUAAAUGUUGUUUUGAAUCUGGAGGUUGCUACAAUAACUUCACUACGGGUCAACCAGUAGAUUAGGGACAUCCUUCAAUGAGCCAUGAGACUGGAAAUUUUCGACCUGAACCGACAGAUGCUUUCUCUUCUUUUUCCGCAUCGACUUUAUGUUCUUUUGUGGAAAGUGUCGGAUCCUCGCCAAGAAAUGUACAGGAGUUAGCUAACCUAAGAAACACUAAUGAUAUAAGGUUCUCUGAAGAAGUCUCAGAAAAUACAUAUGAAUCAUCUGUAUCUUGUUUGUCACGUGAAGCUCGUCCAGGUAUCCAUCAGUAUAAUGGUCAUGAACCAGAGAGUAGGUCUAUAGUCGCCAAUGACAGUGAUAGUUCUGAUUCAGAGAUAUUUAGGGUUAAACGGCCUUCUUUUUUGAAGGCUGAGAAAAGAAAUGGGAAUCAGGCCAUGUCAUCUAAGAGCUCUGAACACCAGGGGCUCAAGCGAUUAAAGAAACUCCAACAUGAAGGAAGGUGUCGGCAAUCAGUGCCAUCUGAAUGCUGUAGAAAUGAUGAACGGAAUCACAACAUUAGUCGCACUUCUGAUUAUAAAGAAGCUCGAAGAGGCCACCUUCCCAUUUCUAUCAAGUAUAGGAAGUCGGGAAAUGACGAGGCAAUGAUUCGGCAGCAAGAGCAGCACCGAAAUGACAGAUUAAAACACGAGCUAGGAAAGUGCACGAGGGAACCUCCUCCAUUAGAGAUGGGUCCAAUUCCGAAACGCAUUAAAGUGAGGGGGCCAAUAUAUGUAAGUUCAGAAAGGAGACUGGAUUGAAGUGAAGAUUAUAGAUAGUAGAUGGAUGUGUAGAAAGUGAUGGAGCCUGACUUUGCUAACUUCAUCCACUCUAACCUAAUGGAGUUCUAAGUUCUAACAAUUCCGAAAGUUGAUUGAUAUUGGUCAGGGAGUAGCAGGCGAAGAUUUUAGGACAAAAAAAUUAUAUUCUUUGUGCAAAUUGCACUAGCAGUGGAUUGAUUGAUGGUGGGUUCUCAGGCGGGGGUGUUUUUCCUGUGGAGAGCCGUCGUGUAAAAGUUUAAAAUUUAGAAUUUGGGGUCAAUGGCUUUUGUUUC